CAUCUCAUGCUGAUCUUUUGCACUGCAGCAGUGCCCUCAGACGACCUGCACUCUCUUUUCAACUUAAAACAACUUUUAUAUCCUUGGAAGGAUGGAGAAGAAUGGAGGAAAACCACGUCAGCAGCAUUAUGGGCUGGUUUCGUCAGCACUUUGGAAAACAAAGGAAUGAUUCGGACCAAGUUAAACCAUGUAAAUGUUCUCAGACGUGCUCCCCCGGACACUCCAACACCAGCAGCUCGGUGUGCUCCUCUUCCUCCUCCUCUUCCUCCCUGAAAUCCUCCAUAUCAGCCAAGCCAUCGGCCUCAGAUCAGCCUCUGCCCUCCGUGCUCUCCUCCCCCUUCUGCUCCUCUCUCAGAUAUGACGUUUUUGUGUGUCACAACGAUGAGGACAGUGAUCUAGCACAGAGUAUGGCCUCUUUCCUAGAAGCCCCGUCUAACGGCCUGCGCUGUUACCUGCAGGAGCGGGACUGUCCCGCAGGAGGCGCUGUGUCCACUGAGCUGCUGCAGGCCGUGCAGGACAGUCACUGCUGGCUGUUACUCGUCACUCCAAACUUUGUGAAGGAUGACUGGUGCUCGUAUCAGAUGCACCAGGUCCUGUCUGAAGGGCCCAUGUCACAGAGGAUCAUCCCGGCUGUAGUAAACAUGCCCAGAUCACAGCUCCCGCUCGAACUGCGCUUCCUUUUCACUGUGGAUCUGAACACGAACAAAGAGUUCGGAUACACUCUAGUCUACAAGACGGUGCUUCAGUAUUUGAAGGACAUGUCUGAGAAGAAAAAGCCCAGCAGUGCAUCUCAGUCUGUCGGCUGAGAACAGACUCAAACUAUCAACAUUCAUUGCAUUGACAAGAUUCUUCACUUCCAUGAAGUGACGUCCAACUGUAUCAUAACACCGUAUCUCCGUAUCUCUGUCUAAUAUCUCAGAGUUCUCAAAAUUAUAUUAAAGAUGAAUAAUGUCAAAAUUGGUUCAUUUAACCAUAAUGCCUUAUACAUGUAUAACACACACUACCGUUC